GGGAGAUUAUAUAGUUUGUGUUGUGUAGUGAGGGAUCAGAGAAGGAGGAGUAGGAGAAGAUUAAGGAGAAAUAGAUAGAAUGGCGAAUUUCCAGAGUCAAGGUACCCCUCCCAUCCAAGGGUAUAGGAUGGGACCGCAGAACGGGUAUCGGCAAGGAGUGGUUACAUGCCACAUUUGUGGGAAAGCGGGCCACUAUGCUCGUAACUGCUGGUCGGCGGGGAACGGGAGAACACCUUACCAGUCAGGAGGGCAGGGCGAUGAAGAAACCAAGGAGAUGAAAGAGUAUUUCCAUGAGAAGAUUAAAAAGAGGAAGAUCAAUGAGGAGAGAAGAAUGAGGGAAGAGGAGGAAAGGAAGAGGAGAUAUGAAGAAAAUAGGAGAGAAAUCGAAAGGAUAAAGGAAGCUGAAGCCAGGGAAGCAAGAUUAGAAGCACGAAUGGUUCGGCUGUUAAACCAGCACACUCGUUCUAAUCAGAAAGUCGAGGAGGUGGCCGGGAAGAAGAAAUCUCCCAAAACGAAAGCGAGGAUGCUACGGGAGAUUAGAAGUUACCUGGUGGAAUCUGAUGAUGAUAGUGAGGAGGUGAGAGAGGAAGCCGGGAAGUUGAUUGAAGCAAUUGAGAAGAGGAAGGGCAAGAAGUUGGGGAAUGAGGAUGGUCGGGUAUCGAAGAAUGGAUUGAAAGGUUAUCCGGUGGGAAUUGAAGAUGAUGACGAAGUGAGGACUCCACCACCUAUCAAGAAAGGACAGGGAGACGGUACUGGAGGAACCGAGAUGCUUGAUUUCGCCAUCGAGAUGCACUGGAGACUGUCCGAGAAAAAGGUGCCCGAACAGAGGAAGCUAUGUAACAAGGAAGGCAUCGAGUGGUCCAGGAAAGACAACGCCAUUGGUGAGUUGGUGAGAUGUAAGGCGAAGCUCGCCUACGAAGAGUUCGUGGAAAGCGGUAAGAUAUCUCCUUGGUUUGAAAAAUAGACCGGAUCGAUCUGAGUUCGUCUCCAACAUGGAGAUCCUGACUGAUUUGCGAAAGAGUAUGAGAGAGAGGGGGGAACAAAUUGACAGGGGUAGA